AUGAACGAUAAAGGGAGCCUCCAGGAGCUUUCUGGCUCCUCAGGGCUCCCUAUCACGGAUAAAGAUACCACCUAUAUUUACACUGAUGCCUCCUCCACCGAAAAGGGAAUAGGUAUUGGAGUAGGCAUAGUAGCUAUACAAUCAAAUAAUCGAAUUCUAUAUCAAGAGCGAAGCAAUAUUGGUACUAAUCAAUUGGUAUAUAAUGGAGAGCUUUUUGGAGUUACAAGAGCUAUUGAAUACGCUAGCUCAAUCGCUUAUACUGGUCAAAAGUUCAAAAUCUACUCGGAUAAUCAAGCUGGUUUAUACCGCUUAAAAACUCCUUCAGAUCACCCAGGACAAGCCAAUCAGAUAAGAGCGAUCAAAGCAGCAGAAGUUAUCAGAGCAAAAGGAGCCGAAAUCUCCUUAAAUUGGGUUCCUGGUCAUACCUCAGUUGAAGGAAAUGAGCUAGCAGAUAAGCUAGCCAAGGAAGCAACCACAAUACAACCUACCUCGAACGAAACAAGCUUUGGACUACUAGGUAUGACUGUCAAAGAAUAUGCCUCAGAUCAAUGGCUUGAUACUCUCAAACAAUACGAACUCAGAUCAAACCAAUCCCCAUCAACUUACUCGAAGCUGUUUUCAUGGAAAAUAGGUUCCAAAAUCAAGCUACCAAGCGGAACUACUCGAAAUACUGCUAGCGCAUUCUUUCAACUCAAAUUAGGUCACGGAUAUAUCAAAUCCUACUUACAUCGUUUCAAACUCACCAAUAACAAAUGUAUAUGCAGUAAUAUUGAGGCACCACAACACCUCCUUAUUAGCUGUCCUAUAUAUAAAACAAAAAGAAAAGAGAUCUUUAAGAAGAUACCAUUAUCCAAAAACACUAUACAAUUCCUAUUGCAUACAAAAAUAGGUAUCGAAUUAGCUAUCAAAUUUAUCAAUAUCACUAAAAUCGCUACAAGGGCAUGGCAUCUAGCAAGGACUCUUGAACAAGAAGUAAUAGAGGAAGGAGUAGUAGUGGAAGAGGAGAGAGGAGAAGAGAAUGAAGAAGAAGCAGUUGAGGAAAUAAGAGAGGGGUUUGACCUCCUCACAAUUUCUUGA